GGGCCUAAGACAUUAGUUUCCAAAUAUUGAAGAUAAAAAUGUGGAUGUAAAGUUAAUACUAAUCUUAGGAAGUGUUCACAUCCGGAAAACUUUGGACAGGUGGAAGAGAAGGCUGAGUUCAGGGGAGGUGGUUAUAGUUCAGGACUGCGAUUCUAAGGGCUGAUUUAGCAAGUCCCAUGGCUACCUGAUCAUUAGAUUUCACACCAGUGUAAGAGUGGGAACGUGUGAUAGUGAAAAAGAGGCAGGAGCCCAGAAAUGCACUAGAACAGAUGUAAUACAAGAGGUAUGGAGUAUGCAGCAGCUCUGUUUUCAGGAAGGUGUUUCUUUUGAUGAUGUUUGCUCUGAUGUUUUAUGUUGAUGUUGUGUGUGAAAUGCUGUUAAUGGUUUCUUCUGGAGGUAGAAAAGGACAAAUGCCAGGUAGUUGGGUACUGGAUCAGUGUUGAUCACUGCCUUCCCGUUCUGAAAAUUGUAACUUGUUCCUAAACCUCUCAAAUCAUAAAGAAGAAAAUGGACAGCUUCAAUCACAUAAAAAAACCUUUAAUACAUUGAAAAUCAAAUGUAUAGAAGGCUGCCAAAAGAACCAAACAGUUACUUGCCUGUAGUUUCAAGUGUUUUUAUGUGAGGAGAAUGCAUUGUAAUCACUUCAGAGAAAUGGGGAAGUCCUGUUUCCUCCAUAUGUUGGAACUAUUGGAACAAACCACGUAGAAGAGUGAACUGGAUAUUUAUAUAAAAUCUGUAAUGAUUAUCUCUUCCUUGUACGUGUCACCCCUCUGAAAGGUUUUUCUGAAAUGGUGGUGGUUCUUGUUGUCGUUGUGGUUGUUUGUACUUCAAGCUUCCAUCCAGGGUGCACAGCAAAGGAGUAAGACUAAAAUAUUACCUCCUAAGAGUGCAGUACUCGACAGUUUAAAGCACCCUUGUUAUGAGUUGAACUUGCGGGCUUGGAACUCUUAACUGUGGAAAGUAAUUGGAAAGCUGCUUAAUGUUUAUUGCUCAGUCUGUUUCUGAUAAUAAUAUUGCAAGCAUAAAUGAUUUUAUAGUCAAGUGAAUGAUUUUGUAGUUUACUGAAAGCAAUUGUGUAAUCAGUGGGGUGUGUACUUACCUCUAAGUUUGAAUUAUAAAGAGGUGGGAUCAGAGUCUAUCAGAUGGAACUUGACAUCAAAUGCAGCUCUGCUGAAGCUCCCUGGUCAGCACCUGUGUGAUGGAACACAGGGCUCUGAGAGAAGGACCUUCAGUCAGCAUGAGCUUGCAUUUUCAAACUGCAGUGAGAGGGAGGGGUUUUAUCAGCAAUGUUUUCAUGAAGCCGGUCAUGUUCUGGUUGGCGGUCAAGGUACUGCAGAAAGCGGUGUCUUCCUUCUUCACCCAGAGAGAGAGAUGCCAGACAAAUACAAAUAUAAAUCAAGAUCUAGUUAUAAUCAUUGUUAGAUAGCUUGUUAGGUGAAAUUUGUAUCUUUCUUUCUGUUGCCUGGCUUUGGGAAUAAAUGUGAAAGUCAUACUCUUGAAGCAUAACGUGGGGUUUUAUGUGCCUAUCUUUCUACCCCUAUAUAUGUUUGGAAAUGUUUUUACAACUUUUUCCUAGAGAGAAUGCUAAAAUUAUGGUUCAAGUGAAUUUUUAGUUGAGGAAUAAAAAUAAAAUAGCAAAAGAGUUUAUUGCACUUGAGCUCCUCCUCUUUUUAUGGCUGCUGCUGCUAUAUGAGGUUGAUCCCAUGACCAGUUGAGUGCCCACUGGCAGUGUUUUCAGUGAGGUGAAAGAAUAUUUUCUGCUUCAACUGUGGUAGCACAAGAAGCCCUGAAUUACAAAAGCUCUGUCUUUAGAAUUACUUUGUGUGUAUGAAUAAAGGGACAUGGCAAAACAUAGCAAGAAUUUUAACCAAAAUGAAGACUUGCUUGCAACUUUCGCCUGGCAAGUGUUCUUGUAUUUCAGCUACUUCAGUAAACAUGUUUGUCUCUUCAGUUCUUGGCACAGGUAAUGCAGAGCAGAAGACCUACAGUGACGCUGACAUGGUCAAACGUCUGUUAGCUGAGAAAGAUCGAGACCUGGAACUGGCAGCUCGAAUUGGACAAGCCCUCCUUAAGCGAAACCAUUUGUUGAUGGAACAGAAUGAAGCCCUAGAAGAACAGUUAGGACAAACUCUAGACAGAGUUAACCAGCUGCAGCAUGAGCUGUCAAAGAAGGACGACCUGCUGCGUAUUGUUUCAAUUGCUUCUGAGGAGAGCGAAACGGAUUCCAGCUGUUCCACCCCGCUCCGUUUCAAUGAGUCUUUCACGGUACCGCACGACCCGUUGCAGCUGGAUGUCUUGCAGGAUAAACUCCGAGAGCUGGAAGAGGAGAACCUUGCUCUUCGGUCGAAGGCUUGCCAUCUGAAGACAGAAACCAUCACGUAUGAAGAGAAGGAACAGCAGCUGGUCAAUGACUGUGUCAAAGAACUUCGGCAAACAAAUGCUCACAUUUCCAGGAUAACAGAGGAGUUGGCAGAGAAGAGUGAGGAGGUGGUUCACUACCAGGAAGAGAUCUCAUCCCUCUUGUCUCAGAUUGUAGAUCUUCAACAUAAAUUCAAAGAAAAUGUGAUUGAGAAGGAGGAGCUGAAACUUCACUUACAAGCCUCCAAAGAUGCUCAGAGACAGCUGACAGCAGAGCUCCAUGAGUUGCAGGAUCGGAAUGCAGAGUGUCUGGGGAUGUUGCACGAGUCCCAAGAAGAAGUGAAGCUGCUGCGCAGCAGAGCCAGCUCUGCUGCCUGUCUCUGCCACCGCCAGUCCUGUGGAGCAUUUCCUGUGGAUUCCAUUGCAGCAGAAAUUGAAGGGACAAUGCGGAAGGAGUUGAGUCAGGCUGAUGAAUCUGUUCUCUCCAAGCAAAAGGAUCAACAGAAACGAGUAUUUGACACUGUCAAGACUGCCAAUGUCAUUCGUGGCCGCUUCUCUUCCUUUCCUGCUCCAUUGCCAAUCCCUGGAUCUAAUCGGUCAAGUGCUGUUAUGACAGCAAAACCCUUCCAGUCUGGUGUGCACCAGUUGGAGAGCCACGCACGGAUGGCCAUGGGGAACAGCUCUGAGAAGAAUUUGAAAGACACUCACAUUCCUGGCCAGCCGGGAAGCCCUGGAGACAAUGACUUGGUCACAGCUCUGCACAGGCUCUCCCUGCGUCGUCAGAACUACCUGAGUGAGAAGCAGUUCUUUGAGGAGGAGUGGGACCGAAAACUGAAUUUGUUGGCUGAGCAGAAAGAGGAAGCCAGUGGCUUCAGUACACCAACAGAAAGCUCUUUUUCCUCGGGUACAAACUCAGAAUUCACUGAUCUCUCUGCCAGCUGUAGUAAUCUCCGUGUCCUCCUUCCAGAAAAAUUGCAAAUUGUCAAACCCAUUGAAGGAUCUCAGACCCUUUUUCAUUGGCAGCAGCUUGCUCGACCCAAUCUAGGCACCAUUCUUGACCCAAGACCAGGUGUUGUUACUAAAGGCUUUACCCCUCUGUCUGAUGACACUGUGCACCACAUAUCUGACCUGGAGGAGGAUGAUGAGGAAGAAAGUGAAGGAGGCAUAACAUUUCAAGCACAACAGUCCUUCCCAGAGGAAAAGAAAUGUACACUGGCAAAGCCAGUGUCAGGGAUUUUCCUGCCACCUAUUACUUCAGCAGCAGUACCGCUCACCGCCUCAAAUCCAGGGAAGUGUCUGUCUUCAACAAAUUCCACAUUUACCUUUACUACCUGUAGGAUUCUUCACCCAUCUGAUGUCACUCAAGUUACUCCCAGCUCCAUGGGUGCUCCAUUUUCACUGGGAAAUUCCAGCAGUACUGGAAACUCAGUAGGGAGUACUCCAGCCAUUCCUUACAGACUUAGUAUCGGAGAAUUUCUCACCAACAGAAGAGACUCAACUACUACUUUCAGCAGCACAAGCAGUCUGGCCAAACUUUUGCAAGAACGAGGCAUCUCUGCCAAGGUUUACGACAGCCCCAUAUUGGAAAAACUGCCUUUGCUACAACCCCCUCGAACUCUUCCCAUUCCUUCUACUCCACCAAAUUCUCCAUCGCGUUCACCUUGUCCUUCCCCUCCACUGUUUGAGCCUCGAGUGCAUCACUCUGAAAAUUUCCUGGCUUCUCGACCAGCAGAAACAUUCUUGCAGGAAAUGUAUGGCCUCAAGCCCUCCCGUAACACUCCAGACAUAGGCCAGCUGAAGAUGAACCUGGUGGACAGACUGAAGAGGCUGGGCAUUGCCAGGGUGAUCAAGCCCCCUGAAACACAGGACCAUGGGAAAAAUCAAGGGCCAGAGGUUGGCUUGAAGAGGCAGGACUCAGCUGGGCUUUUAAAUGCAGGUAGCAACUUAAUGGUAGGACUGAGAAGAAACCAGAGUCUUCCAGCCAUGAUUGGAGCACUGGGAGCUCCAGCUUGCACACAGUCAUCGAAAAUGGGUGUCCUAAAAGAAGACUAACUGGCUUGAAAAAUGUUUGAGUUAGAGCAUAGUAAAAGAUAUGAGGGAUGACAUCCAGUGCAGGCAUCACUAGAUGUGUUACAGAAGAGUUGGAGAAGGCACGUGCAUGUUAGAGAUGUGGGAGGGACAAGUGUUGGGAUCAAGGAGCAAAAGAACAUUGCUUGGGGUUUGAGGAAGAAGGCUUUUGUGGGAGAAAAGAAAGAGGAAACCAAAGCUUAAUUUUGAGACCCCCUUCAGCAUCUGUCUUAACUUAAGCAAAAGUAAAAGACUAUUUUAGACAUUCUCAGUGUUUUAACCCUUUAAACUGUAUGUGUAGGACUGUCUUACAGGUGUCCUACUUUUUUCCAGCAUAUGACCAUAGUAUUUUACUAGUCGUUAGCAGUCAGGCUGUAUCAUUUAAAUAUAUUAUUAAAAUAACAGUCAGUCUGACCAGUAUUACUGAUCCAAAUUCCUCUCUGUAGCAAACAAAUUCGAAAACUCUUUUUAUUCUCUUGUAUUUUCCAUCUCAGAAACUCUGCUCUUUUGAACUCCUCCCCACUUUGAGAAGCAGGGGAGAGAGUAUGUAGCUCUGUGUUAGAAAACAAUACUUCAGUUUACAAACACAGAAACUGGUGGUCAGGAUUUGUAUUUUGAAAUAGUGCAAUUGUGCUAGUGAGGUAUUAACAGAAGUUAAUUUUUUUCCCACAGCUUCAGAACGAAGCACACAGAGGAAUGUGCAAUGAAUAAGAAUUAAGAAGCAGGAAAGUAUGUAUUGGGGAAAACUUCAAGCUAAAAAAUCUUUCCAAAGUGUAGUGUGCAUCUGUUUAAAUGAGGAUAUUUUUGCACACACACACACAUAUCUCAGGCACAUUUCAGUGUUGCAAAAGGAAAUAAACCCUUGGUGCUUGAUGAUUCAGGGUUUCUUUUUAUUUGACAUAUGUGAAGAACAUUUACAUCAAGAAAAGUGUUGGAAGUUCAGUAGCCUGCCUCUUCUCUUGACAAGUAGACAUUCUGUACUUUUGGGAGUUCUGCAGUAAACUUUAUGCCUUUCAUUCACUUCUUUCUGAUUUUAGGCAGGAUUUAUUUCAAAGAUUUCAUUAAGAGCAGAAUUUGCCAGUCUGUAUUUAGAAACAGGAAGAAAAAAUCUGGUGUUCUUUGAGGCAUUUUAAUGAACAUUGUAAUCCAGUGUUUUGAUUGAUGGAGUGUGGUUCUGAACAUAACUGAGGCAGACUUUCCAACUCAAAAGAGAACUCCAUUUUAGAAAUCUGGUUUCUGAGUGGUAAUCAUCAAAAUACUACUGCCCAUACUGCUUUUUUGUCUCCUUCCUGUCAAAGGUUCUAGUCAUAACUGAACAAUCUAUAGUAGAUUUAUUGUGUAACUUAAAGAAUAAGAAGUUUGCCCAAAACCGCUUGGAGGAAUGGGUCUUUGCUAGUGACCUGAAGGGAAACAGGUUCUUAGUCUUCAUGUACCUGUCAACAUUAUAAAAUUAUUUUAGUUUCCAUACAGUUAGAUAAAACAGUUAAGUUUACCUUGCCUGUAUGCAGAUGUGGGACAUCGCUGGUAGCUGUUGGGUGUGUGGUGUGAAGAAUCAGUGCAAUUACACUGAUUGGCGUUUGCUGUAAGGCACAUCCACCGUAAUCAGCACCUUUGUUGCUGCAGGGUUGAGUGGAGUAGGGCAGGAAAAGAAAGCUUCUUAACUUUGUUUAUAGGAAAUUUGUAACGUGGCCUUUCUGCUUUUACAGUUCCAUAGAUCUUGUGAUGACUCUUUGAUAAAAGUUUUUGUUGUUUUUUUUUUUUUUUGUAAAAGGAAAAGGAGUAACCACUUCAAACUUGCACAGGGAUUCUGAGCAGAAACUUGUCUGUCAGCAGCGCACAGAAAUAUUCAGGAACUCCUGGAGUUGCCUUUUGCUCUUUAAGCAAAAUCUUACACUUAUAAAAGGUGAAUUUUAUUUAAAAGACUGUAUACGGGUUCAUUUUGUUUUUUAAAUGAAAAAUAUUUAAUUUUUUCCUGUAAGUAUUUAUGUUUGUCCGUACUUAGCCAUGUCUUGCCUAGCUACAUAAGGUGAGAGUGAAAGGAGGGGGUGCUGUUUUGGUCUCCAGUGAACUGAGACAGGUUCUGCUAUGUAUCUGGAACUUGCAGGGCAAUGAUGAGCUGAUGAAAGAUUAGACAGUUUGGUAUCAACAGAGAAGUGUGUAGCCUGUCAAAGUCUGUCCAUUUUGUGUGUUUAGUGUAGGAAUACAUGUAAGUUACAGAAGGUAUUAACGCUGUGUUUCUAACUGGCUUCAUUAGCUAACUCCAGCCAUUGGAUCAUUCUGUGUGUUAGCAGAGUGGCUAAUCAGCUAAAGCAGAAUUCCUCUAAUCUAAAAGCAUAUAAAUUAAAUGCAUAUUUCUCUUUGGGAUGCUUCCAUAUUCCAUAGCCCAACAAUAUAAAGUGGUUCGGUUCAAACAAUGCUAUGGAUGUCGAGAGGUUGGUUGGCUUGUUUUCUGUAGAAUGAGAUUUAUCAUCAGAUACUUUUACAUAAGGCAAAAAGAAAAUGGAAGAGCCUGUAUUCCAUUGUGUUUGUGUGUUUAUCCAGUUGGUCAAUGCUGUGGUGCAUUUGUUGAAAUUCUGUCAUGCAUUUAUACCUUUGGAUGGUCAUGGAUUACAUUUUGUAAUACAUCCCUAACUUGCAGCGACAGAGAAAAUUCAUACUUAGAAAGUUUACUAUUUUGUGCCAAAACCUGGAAGAUAAACUUUUUUCUAAUAACAUGUGUUUCUGAAAACAUUUUAGAAGUCGCCAUCAUUCUAGGACCUGAUUUGGCUUCUGUUGUCUCUUGUAAGAGAGGUGAAAAACUUGCAUGACUAAAAUAGCUAAGAUCCUGCACCAGACCUUUUGUUUGAGUGGGAGGUAAACCUAGAAGGAAUGGAGAAUUGCAUUUCAGCAAGGUUCUGUUAUCUUGCAGGUUUGAGUCAAAAACCGAUGCUAGAAAGGACUUAUACCUAUGCUUGUGAAAGUCACAAGAGACAGAAGGAAAUUCUUGUAUUUACCUGUAUUCCAACUGUCUUAAACAAAGCACAAACUUAAAGCUUUCUAGUUUCACUGUUUGUUUUGGAUAAACUCAGUGAUACCUGCAUGCUCAAAAUGCCUCUGGUCAAAGUUAAAUAUCUGCUGCAGUCAAACAGCAGCAGAGAAGGAAGGAGAAUAAUUGGGAUUGGGCUUCAUUUGGCUGUUACAUGAGGGGAUUAUACACAAUGUUUAACAGUCUGGGAUUUUCAUGGUAUUUUUUUCAUCUGCUUUUUGCACUUACUGUUGUUUCAUAGUGGAAUGUAAAUUUGAUAAUAAACAUGUAUAACAUGCCAUUUUCCAGUA